CAGAGGGGGCUGCAGGAAGCAGGAGAGCUAGGAGUUGGAUAGGGGAUGUCAGGCUGGCCCUCAGUGGUGGCCCACAUCCUGAAGGCAGUUCCAGGACCACCACCUGACCUGGACAUUGGACGGUGCCAGGCAGGAAGGGCAGCUGGAAGCAGGGCUCUGCUGGAGCUUUCCUCCUCUUUGCUGGUGUGGGGAUUGGCAGCAGUGCUGCUGGAAAUAGAAACACAGUGCUGAGCUGGUGAAGCACUUGGGGCUUCGGCUGGACUGGUCACUGGCCUUGGCACUGUGGCCCGUGGCCUGAAGGAACUGGCAUCCUCUACAGGGUGAAUAUGGCCUUGGCAGGGAAGCCUUUAGAUGUGACACUCACCACCUCCAGAGCUGACCAAUGGAAUAUGGUUUUUCCCCAGAGAGACGAAAUCAUCACCAGCUUAGUGUCUGCCUUAGACUCCAUGUGCUCAGCGCUGUCCAAGCUGAACGCGGAGGUGGCCUGCAUCGCCGUGCACGAGGAGAGCGCCUUCGUGCUGGGCACUGAGAAGGGAAGGGUCUUCCUCAGCACCCGCAAGGAGCUGCAGGCUGACUUCCAGAAGUUUUGCAGAAUCCAGCAGAGGAAGGAGCAGGACGCAGAGGUGCAGAAGAAGGCAAAGGAGUGCGGGCAAAGGGUGCUCAGGGUCUCCCCGGACCAGGGAUCAGAUGUGUACCUCCUCAGGAAGAUGGUAGAGGAAGUGUUUGAUGUGCUUUAUAGUGAAGCCAUGGGGAAGAGCAGCGUGGUCCCUUUGCCCUACGAGAGGUUCCUGAAAGAGCCAGGCUCGCUGGCAGUGACUGGCUUGCCUGAGGGAAUCAGCUUUAAGAAACCCCUGGAGUAUGAUGUGAAAUCCCUGAUGGCCAUCCUAGAGCACAGCCACAGCAUCCGCUUCAGGCUAAAAAGGCCAGCAGAUGAGCCCAGCCGAGAGCCCAACCCCAACAUCGAGUUAACUUGUUCCUCCCUCGCCUCCAAGGGCAGCCGAGACUCUGGUGCCAACGGCCCCGUGGCCAAACCCGCCUCGCAGGACGCCCCCUCCGCCAUUGCUAUCACCAACUUCCUCUACGGCGUCUCGCUGCCCGGCCCUGUCGCCAUCGACCUCAAGCAGGAGGCGUCCUCGGGCCUGCCCGGGCCCACGGCGGCGGCGGGCGAGGCGCUGCUGGCCCGGCCGGCAGCAGAGCUGAAGGUGCCUUCCUCACAGGAGUACAGCGACUGCUGUGGACAGAAAUCAUCAGUCUCCGGAGGUCCCCUGAUCCAGAAUGUGCACUCAUCCAAGCGCAUCCUCUUCUCCAUCGUCCAUGACAAGACAGAUAAGUGGGACAGUUUUAUAAAAGAAACUGAAGACAUCAACACCCUUAGGGAGUGCGUGCAAAUUCUUUUUAACAGCAGAUAUGCUGAGGCCUUGGGGUUAGACCACAUGGUCCCUGUGCCAUACAGGAAGAUUGCCUGUGACCCCGAGGCAGUGGAGAUCAUUGGCAUCCCAGACAAAAUCCCUUUCAAAAGACCUUGCACCUAUGGGGUCCCCAAGCUCAAACGGAUCCUGGAGGAGAGGCACAACAUCCAUUUUGUCAUCAAAAGGAUGUUUGACGAAAGAAUUUUUACAGGAAGCAAAUUCACCAAAGAUCCAACCAAGCUGGAGCCCUCCAGCCCUCCCCGGGAGAUCUCCCCUGAGCCUCACCGUGGGGCCACGCUGGAACUGGGGGGCACCUCUCAGGCCAACAGCAGGUCUGAGAAGUGUAAUGUUUCUGAAGCCUGUGAACCAGGUACCUCAGGAGAGCUAGGUGGGAUCAGGCAGAUCAAAAUCGAACCAGACGAGCUGAACAUCAUCCAGAUCACCGUACCAGACCGAUCCCCUGCCUCAGUGGAAAUGCAUGACCCAGUGCCCACGCAUGUGGCCUCUGAGGAAUCAAGAUACAUCCUGGAAACAGGAGCAGAGACAGAGAAGGGCUCCAGUGAGGAGUCUCGACACGAAGAAAAGCAGAUGGAGGGAUCAGAUGGUAUAGGGGACAUUUUAAGUCAUUUGAGGAAACAAGUUGAAAUUUUGUUCAACUCACGAUACGCGAAAGCCAUAGGAAUAUCAGAGCCAGUCAAAGUCCCCUACUCCAAGUUCCUGAUGUACCCUGAGGACCUGUUUGUUGUGGGCUUGCCAGAAGGCAUCCUGCUGCGCCGCCCCAACUGCUUCGGGAUUGCAAAGCUGAAGAAGAUCCUGCAAGCGAGCAACAACAUCCAGUUUGUCAUUAAAAGACCGGAGCUGCUGGCGGAGGGCGUAAAGGAGUCGGUGUCAGACAGCCCAGCAGCCAAAGCCGCCGACGAGAGGGACUCGAGCGAGGCACUGCUGGAGGACGCUGUGAAGAGACAGGGCUUCCAAGAAAAUUAUGAUGCCAGGCUUUCCAGAAUAGACAUUGCUAAUACGCUGCGGGAACAAGUCCAGGACCUGUUCAAUAAGAAAUAUGGCGAGGCCUUGGGGAUUAAAUACCCUGUGCAAGUGCCCUACAAACGCAUUAAGAGCAACCCAGGGUCGGUGAUCAUAGAGGGACUGCCUCCUGGGAUCCCCUUCAGGAAGCCCUGCACCUUUGGCUCCCAGAACCUGGAGAGGAUACUGGCUGUUGCUGAUAAAAUCAAGUUCACUGUGACAAGGCCUUUUCAAGGACUCAUCCCUAAACCUGCCCCUAGACGGAUAACAUCUUUGGAAAAAGCCUAUGCUGCUCUCAAUGAUGAGGAUGAUGCCAACAGGCUUGGAGAGAAGGUGAUUCUGCGAGAGCAAGUGAAAGAGCUUUUCAAUGAAAAAUACGGAGAGGCUCUGGGCUUGAACAGGCCUGUCAUGGUGCCCUAUAAACUCAUCAGGGACAGUCCUGACUCUGUGGAGGUUACGGGGCUGCCGGACGAUAUCCCGUUCAGGAAUCCCAACACCUACGACAUUCAUCGGCUGGAGAAGAUCCUGAAGGCACGGGAGAGCAUCCGAAUAGUGAUUAUAAACCAGCUCCAGCCAUUUGCUGAAAUCUGCACCGAGGCCAAACAAACAGAGAAAGACAUCAGUGUUCCCAAACGGAAGCGGAAGAGGAUCUCCGAAGGGAACUCGGUAUCUUCCUCUUCCUCUUCUUCCUCUUCCUCUUCUUCCAAUAUGGAGUCCACAUCAUCAACAAAUCAGAUCUCGCUUGUGCAAUGGCCCAUGAACAUGUACAUGUUAGACUAUGGUGGUCUAAACGUCCAGAUCCCAGGACCUAUUAACUAUUAGACCUCAAUAUCAAAUAAGAACCUCAAAUGAAAGAAAAAUAAAUAAAUGUAAUUUAUGUAAAAAGUGUAUAUUCCAAUAUGUAUCGAUGCCUUUUAGUUUUUCCAAUGAUUUUUACACUAUAUUCCUGCCAUCAAGGCCUUUUUAAAUAAAAAUAAAAAGUGUUGCCUUGCUCUUAAAAGUA